AUGUCGUCCGACAGAAUCGACCUGGACAAACCCCUCUGGGACCUGAGCACCUUCGCCGGAAGGUGGCAACAUUUCGCUUGGGUUACCGACUUCAGGACCUGCGUCGCCUCGGAAAAGCAGCUCCUGGACGCAAAAACCCUGUGCGAACAGUACAGACUUGGUAAGGAGCCAGCUGGAACCACCAGGGAGCAGAUUAUUUAUGCAAAAAAGCUAUACGAGUCCGCGUUCCAUCCUGACACCGGAGAGCUGCAGAAUGUCUUCGGCAGGAUGUCCUUCCAGGUGCCAGGAGGGAUGGCCAUCACGGGAGCCAUGUUGCAGUUCUACAGGACCACCACCGCCGUUGUUUUCUGGCAAUGGAUGAACCAGUCGUUUAACGCUUUGGUAAAUUAUACCAAUAGAAAUGCAAACAGUCCCGUGACGACUGCCCAGCUCGGGGCGGCGUAUGCAAGUGCGACUGCAGCCGCAAUGUUGACUGCAAUCGGUUGCAAGUCCUUUUGGCAGAAGAGGGCUAACCCGCUAAUGGCCAGAUACGUCCCGUUUGCGGCGGUUGCAGCGGCUAAUUGCGCCAACAUACCUUUGAUGAGACAAAAUGAAAUCACUAACGGAAUCGAGGUGCAGGACGAAAACGGCAAGAAGCUGACUAAAUCGAAGAUCGCAGCUGUUAAGGGCAUUAGCCAAGUCGUCCUAUCUAGGAUCGUUAUGUGUGCUCCCGGCAUGUUGAUAUUGCCACCCAUUAUGGAGAGAUUGGAAAAAUUGGCGUGGAUGCAGAAGAUUAAGCCUUUGCAUGGACCUAUACAAGUAAUGAUGGUUGGAUGCUUCUUGGUAUUUAUGGUGCCGACUGCAUGUGCGCUGUUUCCACAAAACUGUACAAUCUCGGUGAGCACAUUGGAACGCUGGGAACCAGAAAAUUAUGAGCUUUUAAAGAAAAAUUGUGAAGGCAGGCAGAUACCCACGUAUCUUUACUUCAACAAGGGCUUGUAAUGAAAUCAAAGUUUGUAGUUUUAAAAAAAUGGAUCUCAAGAUAUCAGAGGGUGAAUCUAAGCAAAACUGUAGGCAAAAAUAAUAUUCCAGGAAUAGCACUAAUCGGAAUUGGCAAAGAAACUUUGGAAAUUAGAAAAAACUUGUCGAUAGAUUUUUCAAAGGUGUCAUUAGAUAGAAAUGUAUGAUCUGUGAUCACUAGAAAUGCGAUGCCAUUUUCUCCCAAGAACAGCCACCGCCAAAUUAUAUACAAACUAAUGCAAAGUAUAUCGAUUGCAAUUGCAUCCUGCAGUUCACUGCAGAUAAAAAUAACAUUGACAAUAUUGAGAUUCUUACUUAUAAGCAAUCUCGCUUUUUUCUCUUGUGAGUAAACUUAGCAAUAAUUUUUUGAACAAAUGCCCAAUAAUUUCUAGCAAUAUUUCUUUGAUAUACAUACAUACAAGUUAAAGCUAAUAAGUGGCAUACUUUGUUGUCACAUUGUUAUCAGGUGGCAAGCAUUCGUUGUAAUUUUAAUCGAGUUUACUAAGAGUUUACAUUUUAACUACCUCGCACAUUUAAGCAUAACUUAUGAAAAUACUGCCAUGUAUAUUUUAGUGACAUAUAAAUAAACAUUAUAAACUACUUAA